AUGCCGGAUCUGAAUUUCACUGAUAGAGUAGUUAUUGUCACUGGAGCUGGUGGUAGUUUGGGGAAGGCUUACGCACUUGAAUUCGCCAAAAGGGGAGCGUCUGUUGUUGUGAAUGAUCUCGGAACCACUCAAGAUGGAUCAUUUGCGAGAUCUCUAUCUGCGAAUACGACUGUAGCAGAAAUAAAAUUUCACGGGGGCAAAGCGGUUCCAAAUUUUGACAGUGUUGUGUAUGGGCAUAAAAUCAUCGAGGCAGCAAUUGAACAUUUCGGUCGAAUAGAUGUUGUUGUUAAUAAUGCUGGAAUUGUACUCGACAAGUCCUUUCAGAACAUGAGCGAUAAUGACUGGGACUUAGUCUACAGAACGCAUGUUAAAGGCGCUUAUUCAGUAACCAAAGCGGCUUGGUUUUUUUUCAAAAAACAGGGGUAUGGACGAAUUAUUUUCAUAUCUUCAAAUUCUGCAAUAUACGGCAAUUUUGGACAGGCAAAUUAUGCAGCAGCUAAGAACGCAUUAAUUGGUCUUUCGCACACACUAGCAAUUGAAGGAAAUAGAUACGGCAUUCAUUCGAACGUGGUGAUACCUACCGCAUCGUCAAGGCUGACAGAACAAUUAUUUCUUGAAGAAAGUUUGCGUUCUCUGAAAGCAGAAUAUGUAGUACCACUUGUUAUAUAUCUUGGACAUGAAUCUUGUCAAGAAACUGGAAAAGUUCUUGAAGCUGGUGCUGGUUGGUUUGGACAAAUUCAAGCCUAUCGUUCGAAAGGAAUGGUCUUGCCGGCUGCAAAUGCGGAAACUAUUGCCGAUAACUGGACUGCAAUAACUGACAUGACAUCAGCAAAACAUUUCGAUAAUAUACAAGAAGUAACGGCCGAUCUAUUGAACAAUGCGAGAAAAGAAGGCAUAUCAGGGACAAAAUGGGAAUUAGAAAAUGAGAAGAAAAAUGAAUAUAUGGAAUUGUUAACGGUUGUAGCGAAGGCUUUAAAUCAGAAAAUACAUGGUAGUCCGACGUCUUCUUUUAUGUUCAUGUUAAUAUUGAUGAACGGGACGGAUAUGCAUAGUUUUACAGUACCUUUUGACGGUGAUUAUGUUCCUGGUCAACGAGAAUUAAUCUGUAUUAUUGCGAUGCACUGGAAUAUUUUCGAACAGAUUCUCAAUGGCCAAGUUAUAACAAAAAAGAUCAUCAGACCUGGGAAAAUGAUAAUUAUUGGAGAUAUAGGUGAGGAUGAUGUGAUAGAGUCCAUAAAUCACUUGGCCAAAUCGAUGAAAGCAAAACUUUAG